AGAACCAUAUCAUGGCCACCACAUUUCCAAUUAUGGAAGAAUUAAAAUUAAAAUUAUUUGUGUAAGAUCCCCAGAUUAGUGUCAUUCUAAAAAUAAAACGAGAACGAGUUUGAUCGAACUUUCAUUUAUCAUAAUACGAUGACUAAACCUUGCGGCUAAUGUGUUACUCGUUAUAAUUUACUGCGGCUGCAAUGAUUAUUGGCCUGUGUAGUGUUGUGCUUUUACACGGAUUUGUUAUUUGAAAAUUGCAAAUAGCUAUGUAUCAGUUUGUGUUGAAAACUCGCUUAAAUGGGAACUCUGAAUUUAAUAAGGAUUUAAACACAACAAGCAAUCUUUGCAAACUAGUGCAAGUAACUGUAAAUGUGUCUUCAGCAGCUAAUUGUGGAAGACGAUGGUGAAAUAUUGCUGCGACUUUUUUAUUCUAGUGGUGCUUGCGGUAACGGUGUAUAUUGCAGAGACGCGACCUCAAUUUAAAGAGUCGCUUGAAGCCAUCUCCAAAGUGACUGAAGGAAUUAAUGAUAGCGCUAUCACUUUUAUUAAACAACUAACCGGCGAGGCGCUAAAAGAUGACAAGAAUAAAACUAAAACCAGGAUUUUAUUCCGAGGAGACCUGCUUGCCGGGGAAUUCGGCGAUCAAGACAUCAUAUUUCCCGACACGUACCAAGUGAUUUUCAACGAUGUUCCGAAAAUCGACGGCCCUCCCAAGUGUGCCGAAGGCAAUACUUUUUGUGAGGACUUCGAUUCCUAUCCUUACAACCACGUGAAAAACGUCCUUAAACGCAAACGAAUCCAUACUGAUUUAUUUGGCAAAGAUGAGCCUCUCGAUGAGCGCUACAGCAUCACCAACAGGAACGGSGACUUCGAGGCGUUCAUCUGCACGAGUAUAUCCAAAACGAUUUUCCCUCGAGUUGGCAUAAAUAAAAACAACAAAUGGAAAGUCAUAAUCAACCAAGAGGAAGACGGGUUUAUCCAAGGGAUUAGGACCGAAAUUUGUAGAAAGGAGGGAUCUGCUUGCGAUCUCAUCGGAGAUAGGGCUAAUGGCUAUAUAACCAGUUGUAAGCAGAAAUACAUGUUGAGGAGGAUGAUGUCUUUAUCUGAAAAUGGGGAUCCCGUCCCCGACACAUUCCAGUUACCGUCAGCGUGCUGUUGCUCGUAUAGAAAAGAUCUAAGUUUUUUGUCCCGAUUUGGUGCUGACGAUAUUUCCUUAAGAUCGAAAGGGAAAGGGAAAGGAAAAUAAAACAUAUGUGAUGUGAAAUGAAUACGUGAUUGAACUUUUUAUUACAAAAACGGCAGGGGGAUUUCUAUUGUGUAAAAUACAAGUCCAAUGUUAUAUGUAACUAAAAAUACAUUAUUUUAUUCAG